GCAGGGGGGCCAGAGGGGAAGCUGCAGAAGGGAGAGGAGCUGCCAGCAAAGCCACGAGGAUGGCAGAACUUCACCUGGAUGUAGCGCCUCAACAUCCUCCAGAAGCCCAACCUCAACCCCAGGCCCCCCUAGAUGCUCACCAGGCCCCCGAGGCUCCAGGGGCCCCCGAGGCUCCAGCGGCCCCCCAGGACUCUCCCCAUGCCCCGGACUCUCCCCAGGCCCAUUAUGCUCCCCUGGCUGAAGACUGGGAAAAGGCAAGUCCUCCUGCAGAUCCAGACGAGGGAACAUCGCGUCAGACAGAAGAUGUGGGGACCCAAACAACACCUUGCCGGAUUGACCUCACACUUCGGUCCAUGCAGGAGGACCUUGCCACCAUGAAGGCCCAGUUGGCCUGAAUGGAGCAGAGCCUGGAGGAGAUUAAGGCCAGCAAGGCCUAACCAUUUUAUUUUAAAUUUUAAAGUUGAAAAAAAAUUUAUUGUUAGAAUAAAAGUUUUUACUUUUGUACUUUU